UUGCCCGGCCAUCGCAUGCCAUUUCGUCCUCCCAUGUGGUCAGCCCCGCCUCUCGUCCUUCCCUCGUCCUCGUUCGUAUCCGUGUUACUCCUGGAUUCCUGCCUCCUGGAAGGAGUGUGUCUGUGUGUCCGGGCACUCCUGGCACAAUAAUAGGUUUACUUCCACUUUUUUGCAGUAUCCUGCAUUGGCGAUGCUACCAGGGAUGUCGAUUUCAAUUAUGGAAGACAUGAAUUAAUUAUUGCCCUUAACUUAAGUAAUUGAUUUAAAUUAGUUAUUGCAUUGAACAAGUCGAAUUUGACAUUCAGGGUCUAAGCAACAGUAUAAAAUAUGUGCUUAAACUAUUUUAAGAUAGUUGGCUACAUUAUGUAACCUAUCUUUAGGGUUUAAAAUUGAUUUUUUUAAAAUUUAAUUUAUUAAAGGGCAUUUUUAACGUCGCAUAGGUUUAUCAUUUUGUUAUCAUCAUUUUUUCGCAUAUGACCGCAAGUCACCAGCAGCGCUACAUCAUUUGCGGUUAAUUGUAAUUAAAGUUCAGUGGUAUGCUCCAAAGCACACAUGUUGCCCCUUCCGUCGGCAAACUUUUCCGGGUGGCCACCACAAAAUACCGAACCAUAUCGCAUCCUGUGCGAGCUCAGCAUUUCGUACACAUGAUGUCACAAGGCAAACAAUUUGAAACACUUCGAUACGCAGUACCCAUACAUACAUAUGUACGUAUUCAUAGAUGUCAAUUUCCCGAGCCAAAUUUUUGUGACAACUAUCGACUAGAACGGAGUUUAUAAUCCACCGCCCAAGCUAGAAUGCCGGAAACGAAACCCAAGAUGCACUGCCGCCCCAGCAAUGGCCUCGACCAGACGGUGGAGUCCGACACCCGUCUGGCUGCCAAUCUGGUCACCCAAAGGAACCUCCAAUUGCACCCACGCCCACAGCACCUACGCCCACAGCGAGCUCGUCGAGAUGCCACCGGCUUUACGUCCAACCAGGAGGUGCGGCUAAAAGCCGGCGACAUGCGCAUGGCCCGGCUGAAGAUCAGUCUCUCCCAGCUGCGCACCGCAAUGGAGGAGUCGGGCAAACAGCUGAAGGACCUCUGCCAGCAGGUGCGGCUGAAUGUGGAUGCUGAGUGAAGGGUCCUGCCUGAAGAAUUCCUUUGCAAAUGCAUAAUCAUUCGGCUUAGGUGGUGCCAAAUUUAAGUGUUUACGAUGAAAUAAAGAUAAUAAGAAUAAUGUCAUACAUAAUA